AUGUGGAGCACAUGCGCAAUGCAUUCGCCACCGCUUCAUCCCGAGUCGAAACGACAGGUGCACAGACCGGCAAUCUCCACCCAGAAAUCGUUUCAUGGAACGACAUGUGGGAAACGGAAAAACUCGCCCCACCAGGCAACCAACUCUGAGUCUCUCCCCCUUUUCCUUUCCGACGAUUCGAAGCGAAAGCACUCGCACAACAACGAGGAAGACGAACCUUUUCUUUUAGGCGCUCGAUUCCCAAGACAGCUUUCAUCCGUCUUGGAAGUUUCAUAUUCCCGAUUGUGGCUCCAACUGUCAUUCGUCAGUUCCUCCAUUUGUCGAACUCCGACGCCAGGACUGUGCAUCGAAGCCAACACCUACAAAUCUCCCAUGACCAUUUUUCAUCAUAUUAUUCUGGGUCGGAGGAUCGUGGCCAGCCUCAAAAUGAACGUUUGGUGGCAACUAGUUGGCGCCACUCUCCUCGAACGGACAUUAGCGCUUGCUGAAUCGUCCAGACAGAUGACAGAUGCUUGGCAUCAACCCAUCCACCAGGGUUUCAACAUGUCAGUCCAGUACUAG